UUAACUAGAUUCGCUGUCUCGCGGGCUCCAGGGUUAGCCGUCAGUGUCUCUGUCCAGCUGUCCCCUGCCCACCCCGCCCCCGACCGUCCUCUCCGCCUGGGGCAAGACUCCGAGGACAGUACCUCAGUAGCACUUAGCUUCGGAAAGAGAGGUGAUUCGAAGGGUCCGGCUAUUGCCGCCAGGCGAGGCGCUUCGACCGCGCAGGUGCGGACCUGAACCUGGUCCAUCCCUUUCUGACCAAAACUGUUUACCCACAUUGGAAGGGACCAGGCACCUAAAUGGAGACUCCACCAGUCAAUCCAGUGGGAGAGAAGGACACCUCUCAACCGCAACAACAAUGGGAAAAGAACCUUGAUUUAACUACUCAGAUUAGGCAGCAGCCCCGAGACCCUCCUACUGAAAUCCUUGAGCUAAGAGUGAGCCCAGAUCCAGACAGCCAAAUUCUAGAGAAUCCUCAAGAAACUGAAAAACUGGCCACUGGACUUGAAGGAGACUCUGAUAAGUCUCAUGGAUCAGCCAGUGAGGUGCCAGAGCCCCUUCAAGCCUCUGAUCUCUGGUACUGUCCGGAUGGGAGCUUUGUCAAGAAGAUCAUAAUCCGUGGCCAUGGCUUGGACAAACCCAAGCUGGGCUCCCGCUGCCGGGUACAGGCUUUUGGAUUUACUUUGGGGUCAGGGCUGCCAGAGGGCUGGACAGAGCUAACUAUGGGGUUAGGCCCAUGGAGGGAAGAAACCUGGGGGGAGCUCAUAGAGAAAUGCUUGGAGUCCAUGUGUCAAGGCGAGCAGGCAGAGCUUCAGCUCCCUGGGCGCUCUGGACCUCCUAUCAGGCUCACACUGGCCUCCUUCACCCAGGGCCGGGACUCCUGGGAACUGGAGGCCACUGAGAAGGAGGCCCUGGCCAGGGAAGAACGUGCAAGAGGCACAGAAUUAUUCCGAGCCGGGAACCCUGAAUUGGCUGCCCGAUGCUAUGGACGGGCUCUUCGGCUGUUGCUGACUUUACCCCCACCUGGCUCUCCGGAACGAACUGUCCUUCAUGCCAACCUAGCUGCCUGUCAGUUGCUGCUAGGGCAGCCCCAUUUGGCAGCCCAGAGUUGUGACCGGGUUCUGGAACGGGAGCCUGGCCAUUUAAAGGCCUUGUACCGAAGGGGGGUUGCCCAGGCUGCUCUUGGGAACCUGGAAAAAGCAACUGCUGACCUCAAGAAGGUGCUGGCGGUAGACCCAAAAAACCGGGCAGCCCAGGAGGAGCUGGGAAAGGUGAUCAUUCAGGGAAAGAAACAGGAUGCAGGGCUGGCUCAGGGACUGCGCAAGAUGUUUGGCUGAUUAAAAGUUACACCUUAAAAGA